AUGUUCGACACGGACUUUAAAGAAGAUGAAUCCGCUUUUGCAGACAGCCCAAAAGCCAUUUUGUCUACCGAAGGAUUUACAUCAAGCAACCAGAUUUCAGCCUUUUCUAGUAAUAGACAACCCGAAGUCCCAAGACCACUUCAUGCAUUACCAGACCCAACCUACUUUUCGGUCACGGGAAGGCUUGAUCCCGCAACUUCCGACUUGCCCAUGCAGUAUCGUAAUCACUCCGCCAGAACACCGAAUGGAAUUUUGAGUGUCAUGACUCCUAUCUGGGACAUUGCACUUGUCCCUCCUAUACUUGGAAUUUGUAUAUUAUAUUCGUAUGUUUGCUGGAUUGUAAGGUAG